GCACCGCCGUGGCAAAAGGGACAAAUGGGACCAAGCCCUGAAGACCAGCUGGCGAGGAGAGCCCGCCUGGAGCUGUGCUGACGCAACCCACCGCUGCCAGCGGUGAGCAGUGGCGUUACAAACAAUAGGUCAACCAUGCGACAUCUUACUCCUAGAACUUCACACUCAUCUGUGCGAUAAACCUUCUAGAGCACUCUUCCUGUGACACAGCCUCCACUGCACGUGCAUUAAAGCAGAGAGUGUGGCAGAUGGUAGAUUUAUUAAUCUUAGGGCCUUCCCAACCCUCGCCUCCUCCUGUGACCCCCCCUUAGAGGAUGACUGAUUUCUUUUGGUGUUCAGAGUCAAUAUAAUUUUCUAGCACCAUCUGAAAUCGGUUAUAAUGAUUGGGGAAGAGCACCGCACUGCUGACUAAGGAGAGAAAAUGUGUUGGCGACCUUCGGGGUCAAGACUAAGAAAACGGAAAUAUCAAGGUGGUUCUUCUUUUUUAAGUUUCAUUGCCGAGAAUUAACGUGUGUUUUAAUGCUAAUAAAUUCUAAUAAUGCUAAUAAAUGCUAAUAACUAUUAGCAUAUUCCUAGUGUCUGUAUUUUAGAAGAAUUCCACACACUUUGUAGGGAUGUUUGUUUUGAUGCUGGACACCUAGGAAAAAGUGGGUGAAGUCAGUUCCUCGGGUCAUUUGCAAGGUGUCGUGAGGAGGGAGUAAUUUCUGCUCCCAGUGAGAAGCCUGUGAACCUCACCUUUGACACUCCCCUGCCUCCGUGGAGUAGAGUGAAUUCCAUGGUCAGCCAGGUCUUUUUCUUGAAGGCAGCGUCAGGCUCAGAUGGCUGGAAGUUAAAUCUAACAAGGCGUGUGAAGGAAGGUGCAGAGAUGACUGAGUUUAUCUUUCUAGGGCAUGAUGAAGUUAACGUUUCCAUUCAGUGUAGCAAACAAGCUGAAGAAGGCCUCAGGUUACAUUUGAACCAUUUUCCUGAACUUUUCUUUCUUACUAUGGAUGGGAAGUUGUUAAGACUGAAAACCACCCUUGAGUUUCUAGUCCCAGGCCCGGGAGGAGCACAGAAGGGCGCAGGAGUGAGCUGUCUGAGUCACCCCACCUCCCAGGCCUCCUCUAUCGCUGCUGCCCCGGGUGCUGACAUGGCCAGCGUCAGCCUGACCUUGCCCGCUGCCUUCCCGCGCCGUCCCAGAACACGGAAGGGGCUCCUGUGGGAAGUCGAGGCCUGGACCUUCCAUCUUCUUUCUGGCCUGGAGCAGCCCUGGAGCCUGACUGACAUUGGGCGGCGCCUCGACCUGCUUCACAAAGCUCAGACCUCCGCCUCCCUGCCCACUCUGCCUCUCCCCACUCCCGCCUGCAAUUUGUCGGGGAGAGUCCUUCCACUUUAGGGCCAAGACAUGGGAUCUGUCAUCAAAACAUUCUGUCAACCACGCACAUCAAGUAAGACCAUUUCGCUGCUGCUUUUUCUGCCCUCUGGUUAUUCCUUCCCCAGAACUCUGUUGCUUUCUUACCUGCUCUUUUUCCCCUAAGCAGCCUUACUUAUUACUCCCCUGGUUCAGAUACACCUGCUACAUGAUGAUUUUCCUCAAAUUAGAAUUCUAGCUACGAAGAUUUUUCUGAAUUCCUUGUGUCCAUAUUUCUAUUUUUUUCCCCAUACAAAAUCUUUGAUUUUGCAAAGAAUCACUUGUUCACUCCAACAGCUUUACCAGACUUGGCCACCUGAUAAGUUACACACACACACACGCAAGAUAAUUGGCACAGUUCUUCAGUUGGUCUAGUCAGGACCAAGUGGUCACAUUCCCCACAGCCUUCUUCCACGAGAACGUCUUACUCAAGAUGGGCUGUGGGGCAUCUGUACUUGAACUUUGCCUCCAGAGAAGACUAGGUAGUUUAACCUGCUAUUCUAAGCAACAGGGAUCCUAGUUCCCCCACCAGGGAUUGAACCUGGGCCCCUGGGAGUGAAAGCAUGCGGUCUUAACCACUGCACCGCCAGAGGAUUCCACCCCCGCCCCAUUCUUUGGUCUCCGUUAUAAUGCUAAAGCUGUGCUGAUUUUCGUCCCCAAAACCAGCUCUCCCUGCUCUCCACCCACCACGCUCAGGCUGGCCGCCUGAGAAGUGUCUGCCUUUCCCCUCUGCCGCCCCAGCCUCACUGCACUCACCAGGCCGUGCUGCUCCUCUGCCCUGCCUUUCUAAAAUCCACCCCCACCCCUAGUGGCCCAGGCGGCUUUCUCAUCCCACCUCUCACCUUCCAUCCAGAUUCUGUGUUUCUCCAGUUAUCCUCCUGACAUGUGUGACUUGGGGGUUUUCACCCCUGACUACAUGGCUAUCUUCCUCUCCAGACCCAUCUCCGCCCCAGGGCCCAGCUUCUGAGCUCAACCAGCUGCUUGCUGCUGCCAGCCUGCAGCUACCUUCACACCUCCAAGCCUGUGUGUGAUAGUUCCUCCACCCGGAUCUUCCUUCUCCUCCUCAGCCUGGGAACUCCGGCUUAUUCUCCAGCUUCUGACUCAGGUGAUGCUAAAUCAGAAAAUAAACAAAAAUGAUAAUAACAAUAGCAGCAGCUAACACUGAGCUCCUAUUUUGUGCAAGGCACUUGCUAAGCAUUUUUAUAUGAGUUAUCUCAUUUAACUGAACUCUGAAUAUCAUCCUAUGAAGUAGAUCUUAUUACUGUCAUUCCCAUUUUGCACUGGAGGACAAGCAAAAAGAAAUGAUUUGUCAGUGAUCGUGUAACCUUAAGAUUUUUGUGCAGGAGUACAAACCCAAAUCACUGAUUCCAGGGCUCUUCUCUUCAUUAGUGCUGCUUUCUCCACUGUGGGUAUAACCAUCAGUUCAGUUCAGCUCAGUCACUCAGUCGUGCCUGACUCUUUGUGACCCUAUGGACUGCAGCACGCCAGGCCUGUUCAUUUGGUAGGCAGGCUCUCAGAUGGCCCCCUCUGCUUCCCACCUGUGGGUCUUCAUACCCAGUGUAAUCCCCUCCCCUUAAGUGUGGGCUGGACCUAGUGGCUUGCUUCUUGCAAAUAAAAUAACAGCAAAAAGUGAUAGGAUGUCACUUUUGAGAUUAAGUCACAAAUGGCUGUGAUUCUGUCAUGUUCUUGUUUUGCUGUCUCUCUCUCUCUCUCUCUCUCUCUCUGAGCAAAGGCACCUGCCACAUUGGGAGCUGCCCUGUGGAGAGGCACAUCUGGCAAGGAACUGACGUCUUCAGACAGUAGCUCCUGAUAACCCAAGGCCUGCCAAGAGCCAUGUGAGUGAACUUGGAAAUGAGUCCUCCUGCAAACAGCCUGGGGGCGACUGCAGCUGCAGCUAAACCCUUGACUGUGGCCUGUGAGAGACCCUGAGUCAGAGAACCCAGUUAAAUGUGCCCGGAUUUCUGACCCAUAGAAAUUGGGACAUUAAAACAACAAAAUAAAUACAGGUUUGUUGUUUUAAGCCACUGGGUUUGGGGUUGUUUGUUACACAGCAGUAGGUAACCGUGCAGCUCAUGGUACUCAUGUCUAAACUCAGACUUUCUGCUUACAGUACCCAAUUUUUUAGAUAAACUUCUUGUUGGAAUAACUUUGCAUUAAAAAAAGGAGGUAAAAAGAGUACAAAGAAGUUUUCUCUCUCACCCGGUGUUAUGUUGUAUUUGUAAUCAUGGUACACUGUCUACACUAACAAACCAACACUGGUGCUUUACUGUUCAUUAAGUUUCAGAAUUGAUUCACAGCUCACUAGUUUCCCACCAAUGUGCUUUUACUGUUCCACAAUUAGGGUUGCAUUUUUAAUAGCAUAAUAGAUAUCAUACCCCAUAACUAUGUGUUUGUGUAUAUGUGUGUGUGUAGAACAAGAUGAAAUAUAUUAUAUAUGUGUUUGCUAAAAUCUGAAAGAUAUAUUAUUUAUUAUUCCUUAAAUAAUAAAGGAAAAUUAGAAAAGUCUUUAAUUAGGGAUAUUGUUUAUAAUUAUUUAGAAAAAUAAUCAUUACAUUAACUAAAACUAUUAUGUGAAGUUACUAAGGAGGGAGGUGUGAGUGGCUUCCAAGUAAUAAAUGAUAAGGCCCUAACAAGUCAUAAAUAGUUUUAUAAAGUCAAAUAUAUGUUGCUAAAAACCUUUAGAGUUUUCCACUUAUUAAUAAGUAUAUUGAAUGCGACAAGAUUCACAAAUGGUUCUUUUGCAUUAAGAUGCUGGCAUAAAUUAAUUUAUUUAUGUAAUACGCAAAUACUUAAUUUGCUUGUAACUAUUUAAACGGAGACUGUUCAACUGAGAGUACUAAUGUGCAUUUCUCUUGAUUCCUAUGCAGUGCGACCCUGGCAAGUCACUUGGUCUUUCUGGGUUUUUCCUUGGAAUGAAUUUAUAUUACUAGAUUUUUGCCAUGAAUUAACCAUGGACUAUAACUACUUAGUAGUUGUAAAUGUUUUGCAAACAAAAUUCUGUGUACAGCAUUUAAUAAUAAACUACUGUCUAAUUAAACAUUUAGCUGCAUUAUUUUGCAGCAUUGUUCCAAGUGAUUCUUAAAGAACAAUCCAUGUAAAAGUAAAACUUUUAGGAAGGAAUGAGUGGUGUUGCUUAAAGGAGAAAAGACAUUCCAUUUCUACACACACUCUUGUGGUUGGAUUUUUAAGUAGGGUGUACAAAGGAGGAAGUUGAGUGACUUAGGAGAAAAUAACAAGUAAGGCAAAACUUCAGAUAGAUCCUGAAAAGCUAUUAAGUGAGAUAGGAUUUUUCAAGUCCUCUUGGUGGCCUAACAAAAUCCCAAAUAAACAAACCACUAAAAAUAACAACAGAAACAAAUUUGAACUUUGAAAAUAAUGUACACAUGAGACCCAAGUCUUAGUGGUCAAGAUUUACUUCCUGGCUUGUCUCUGAGGGGUCAAGCCCUUCUUUCUGGCCAGAAUGACAUACCUGAUGUUCAGUAAUUAACUACUGAAUGAAACAGACAAUAGAAGAUGUUGCAGCAGCAAGAGAUGCCAACAAAAGAGAAAUAAAUAUGAUUGGGGGGAAAAAGGAGCAGAACACAGUGUAACCUCAUUCACAAGCCGUCACUUUCCAGAACUCUGAAUCCAUUAAGUUUUCCGCACUUCUCUACUUUGAAAGUGUCAGAUGACAAGAAAGCAAGCUGUUAAGUUUACUGAAAAAUGCAUGCAUAAAUAUUUCUAAUAUUAUGUUUGGAGGUUAGUACAUAAUUCAUUUCUGUCUAAUGUGCCUAAAAUAUAAUCUUGGCUAUUCAGAAUGAUGACUGAUCCUCAGAAACCGUGGAAACCAUAAAUCAUCGAAAGCUUCAAUCAUAUUCAUCACCCUAUGCUUACUAAAGCCAGAAGAAUGUAGAAAUAUGCUGUCGAGACUUUGUAAACACCUCUCGUUUAGCAAAAAAUUAAAAUCAAAUCUGUAUACUCUAUAGACAGAACCCAGUAUUCUUUAAAUUUUAUUACUGAGAUGCAAGUUACCUGACAUAAAGUUCACCAUUUUAACCACUUACAAUGUACAGCUCAGUGGCUUUUCCUACAUUCAUAUUGUUGUGUAACCUUCACCACUACCUAGUUCCAGAACAUUUUCAUCACUCCCAAAAGAAAUUCUGUAGCUGUUAAGCAAGAUCUCCUCAGUGCCCCCUCUGCCACCCAUCCGCUUUCCGUGGAUUUGCCUGUCCUGGUGUAUGUGCGUGCGAAGUUGCUUCAGUUGUGUCCGACUCUUUGUGACCCUAUGGACCAUGCCCCACCAGGCUCCUCUAUCUGGGAUUCUCCAGGCAAGAAUAUGGGAGUGGUCUGGAUGUCCUCCUCCAGUGUACCUUCCCGACCCAGGGAUCAAACCCACGUCUCAACAUCUCCAGCACUGACCGGCAGGUUCUUUACCACUAGCGCCAUCUGGGAAGCCCUGCCUGUUGUGGACGUCAUGCCAAAUGGAUACACACAGCAUGAGGGCCUGGCUCCACUCACUUGGCGUAAUAUUUUCAAGUCUCACCCAUGUCGCAGUGUCUGUACUUCAUUGCUUUUGUGACUGAAUCAUAUCCCACUGUAUGUAGACCACGUUUUGUUUAUUUGCUAUCAGUCUGAUGGGCAUUUGGCUUGUCUUUCUUUACGUUUACAUUCUUAUUUCUCGCAAUGGCAUACAUGACCAUAGACUAUCAAGUCAGAUGGUGCUGGUCCCACAAUAACAAAGGGCCAUCCUCUGCCCUUCCACAAGCAGCCAUUUUCAGCCCAUUUGUUUCUUCUGGUUAUUUUCCUCUAUUUAAAAUGCUCAUAAAAUGCUACUUCCUCAUUUCUGCUUUAUUUAUUUUACUUUUUCUACUAUGGGAAAUGAGGAUUUAGUUCUAACAUCGCACUUUAAGUACAUACUACUCCAUUUACCAUCACAGUUUAGUUACAGUACAAUUUUUGGUUAAACCAAGAAUUAGUGUCAGUGAUUAUAUAAAUACUGUUGAAAGCAUGAGUGAGUGAGUGAAAUCUCUCAGUUGUGUAUGACUCUAUGAGACCCCAUGGAUUUUAGCCUACUAGGAUCCUCCACCCAUGGGAUUUUCCAGGCAAGAGUACUGAAGUGGGUUGUCAUUUCCUUCUCCAGGGGAUCUUCCCAACCCUGGGAUUGAACCCAGGUCUACAUAAUUUUACAUUUCUUUUUAAACUUUUAAUACUGAAAUUAGUAGUUUCAUAAUUUUAACUUGAUUAAUUUUCUAUAUACUUAUUUCCCAGUCUUCACUAUGAAACCAUAAGACCAUCUUAGCAUUUUUUUCUUGGAGCUAUGUAUCCUCCCGUGGUGAUCUGGACUGGCUGUUUUCUGGGCAUGGUUCCCAGCCAUCAUCCCAGGACUUAAUUUCAUUAUCAUACUAGAAAUUCCUUUUCUUCUCUCCUGGGUUGGAUUCCCCACCCUGGAUCCUGGAAUGUUUCUUGCUUUACUUUUAACUUCGUGCCCAUCCUUCAGUAGUUUUCCUAAGAAAGGAUGUGCGUGCUAAGUUGCCUCAGUCGUGUCCGACUCUUUGCAAUCCUACGGACUGUAGCCCACUAGAUUCCUCUGUCCAUCGGAUUCUCCAGGCAAAAUACCAGAGUGGGUUGCCAUGCCCUCCUCCAGGGGAUUUUCCCAACCAGGGAUCAAACCCGCAUCUCUGUCUCCUGCUUUGGCAAGCAGGUUCUUUACCACUAGUGCCACCUGGGAAGCCCUCAAGAAAGAAUGACCAGGAGGUAAUUUUUUGAGGCUUUUCAUUUUACUUUUAUGUUAAUUCCUGAUUGGAAAACAAGACAUUUGUUUUCUAGCUCCCUGUGUUGCUGAGUAGUCUGAUACAAUGCUGAUUUCUGGCUCCUUUUCUCUGGGAGUGUUUAGGAGAUUCUGUUUCUUCCUUACAUUGUUUAAAUUUCAUAAUUAUGUGUAUGAUCGAGGUUUUGUUCAUUUAUUCAGCCAGAUAUUUAAUAUCCUUUUCAUCCUGGAGGUUUAUUUUUUUCAACUCUCAAAAAUAAUUUCUGUUAUUUCUUAGAUAAUUCCAUGUAUUCAUUCUCACUAUUCUUUCUUUCUGGAAAUGUUAAUUUUCCUAUAUUGGGCCUCCUGGACAAUCUCUGUUAUUUUUCUUUUUUUUCCCUUCCAGUUUCCUAUCUUUUUUAUCUUAGUUCUCAUUUCUGGGACAAUUCCCACCUAUAUUUUCAAAAUGUAACAUCAAAUUCUUAUUUUUGCUAAAAUGUGUUUAACGUCUGAGAGUUUUUGUCUUUUUUUUUUUUUUUUUUUUAGCCUUUUGUUCCUGUUUUGAGGAUUCAUGAAUGCCUCUGAAGAUGUUAAAUAGAUAUUCCUCUCCCCCACCUUUUAAAGUUUUCUGCUCCCUGCACUGUUGCUGAUAAACCUGUUUAUCCCAGAUUCUUUGUGUUUUAAUUUUUGGUUUUGUCUUUCAUGUUAGAGGCUUUAUCAGAUGUCUUGUGAUUCUUGACUAUCCAUUCAUAUUUAAGGAUGGGGACUUUAAAGCUGUUGAAAGCUCUCUUUACAUUGGCAGGACUUACCAACUGGUGGGCUCAUCCGAGGGUGCAUGAGAGGCAGAAUAAUGACAAAGAUGUCCACAUCCUAAACCCCAGAACUUGUAGAAAUGAUGCAUCACAUGGCAGAAAGGACUUUGCAGAUGAGUUUCACGUUGACCCUUGAGAUGGAGAGAGCAGCCUUCAUUACCCAGGUGGGAUCAAUCUAAUCACACGAGCCCUUAAAAGAGAGAAUCGUUCCCAGCUGUCUUCAGAGGGAGACUUGACUACCUAAGAAAGGUCAGAGAGUUGCCACAUUGCUGGCGUUGAAGAUGGAGGAUGUGAGUCACAAGCCAGAGAAUACAGUCGGCUUCUGAGAAGCUGGAAAAAGAAGGUAACAGAAUCUCCGCCAAAACUUCCAGGAGGGAAUGCAGCCUGCGGACACCGCUUUUACUCCAGUGAGACCUACUUCAGACUUCUGGCCUCCAGAAUGAGAGCUGGUGGAGAUGGAGCUGCAAUGUGUGUCCAUGGAGCAGAUUAAACACUAUCUGCCCCAACCUGCCUGAGACUGUCCUCUCCCUGGUUGGCAGUACUUGAAUGGGGGAAGAAAAAAAAAAAGCAAUCCUCCUGAAUUCCCAGCAAGCAGGAGUCCCAAGAGUCAUGACCAGGAUCUCGUCGCAAAGUGGAAUUCAUCUCUAAAAAGAAAUGUAUGCCUAACUGGACUUCAUCAAUUCAGAUAUGUCUGCCCCUGUUCUGAAAUGGAAGCAGGUGGCGCCACAGCUCCAGUUAGUGGCUUCUCCUCGCCCACACUGGAGCCUGUCUUCGGGUCUACAGGAGCUUGCUUUCACAGCUGCACUCUGAAGCACACACGUGGGGAUACCACAGCCUAGGAACGGUCUGGUGGAAUCUCCUCCCCAUCCAGGACGGCUGGACUUCUCCAAAUUCUGUCUCGUGCACGAGUAUCUGCCCAGGUGGAUUCUUUACCAGCUGAGUCACCACGGAAGCCCAAGAAUACGGGAGUGGGAAGCCUAUCCAUUUUCCAGGGGAUCUUCCCGACCCAGGAAUCAAACCAGGGUCUCUUGCAUUGCAGGCAGAUUCUUUACCAGGAUCAAGAAUGGGGCUGAGCACAUAGAAUGUGCUAAGAAGAGAAUGUUUGCAUUGAACUGAACCCCUGCAGAACGUGGACGAUUUAGAGGCACGGAGUUUGGCCUCUCGGUGACUACUUGCCUCAGCUGGCCCACUUAGCAGUGAACAGCAAUGGGCCAAAAGACACAGAUCAAGUCUCAACAUGGCAAACCAAGGACUUCCAGAACUAGCCCAGUUACAUUUGAGAAAGAAAUAUUUUUUGAUAGUGAUGAGGUUAUUGAUGCAGUCGGGCAAUCAAAAUUUGUUCUAAAGAACCUGCACCAUUACACAGUCCAUCCAAAUUUGGCCCAGUACUAUGAGCCUUUGAAGCCCACUGCACUGCAGAAAUUCCUGGCUCGAAACAGGAAAAUUCGAAGCUUCAUGUUAAAAGUAAUAGAGUAUGAUCAGGAUAAGACCUUACUGAUUCUGACCAACAACCCACUUCCCUGCCCGAUAGAUCAUCAAGGAAAGGACAUCACACCAAAAUACUUUUCCAAUGAGUUACUGCUCAAGGAAAGUCAUCAGCACAAGCCCACCGAGAACUUCUUCCUACCCUUGGUGCCUCAGAAAAAAAAGUUAAGAUCUGAACUGAAACCAGUAUUUCCUUUGAUGCUGUUGGAGGACACCAAAUCCAAGCGAGAACAAUGGUUUAGGUUUUCCACCGACAAGGAUUUCAAGAGUGAAGGGAAGUAUUCAAAGGUCUACACUUUGAGGCAACAGAAGAAAAUGUACCCUCAGCUCAGCUUUGCUUCAGUCUGUAAAAAAGAUAUGAAGAAUGACGUCUCCAAGAAGUCAGGGAGCGACUUGCCAACUUCGCAAAUGAUUUGGGAACCAUUAACCCUUUCAUCACUCCUGGAGAAGAAGCCCACCAGAACCGCACCUGGAGAGAGCGAGUUCCGCAAUGGAAGGGCCCAGCAGUGGUUUAUAAAAAGCGCCACUGCCAUUAAGUGAAAACAAACCCUACAGGGCCCCCGCUUCUCUCCAAAGACUUGAGGGGCCUGCAGAAGUCGCCAUCUAGGGA